AAUGUCUUAAUCACUUGUAAAUACCACUGUGCGGUAGCAAUAGUAGUUAUAUAAAUGUGGUAUGUACAUAGCUAUUUCACUGAGCCAAUGUGUUUCAGGAAAGCCGAGGUAAUUAAUUAGAUAAUGUAUAUACUCAUGGCAGUGUAGCGACAGCGCUGCCUGCGAGUGCGUUGUCUGAUUUCCUUGCGCAGUGACUCAUAAUGAUGCCGAGCUGUAGUAAUUGCCAAGAAAUGCAUGGAUGGCUGUCUCACUGUUUAUGUUAGUGGUAUGGUUCUGUCUUAACUCUUUGCCAAGCCGGUGGAGGUACAGUUCACGCUCCCCUUGUCUCUGUCUGGGCCAGUUUUACCUGAUGACCUUGGUGUUACCUAUGGCAGGAAGGACGGGCACGCUGCAGUAGUCAGCCUGCAGUGCGCUGUGUGUACUGAAAAGCACUGAAUGGAGAGCGAUGGUGGGAUUGUUUUUCUUCCCCUUGGGUAAAAUACAAUCCCGUGCAUGUUCAUUUACUUUUUAUAAAGGCACUCUGGUUUUAGCAAGCUGUACACAUUAAAGCUGAUUGGAGUCAGCUGGCAGGUCUCAAGGAUUCGGCAGGUUUUCAGUAUCUGCAGUUGCUAACUAUAUAUUCUGUUCCUAGCAUCCUUAGGAAAAGGAAGUGGCUAAAUUUGGGGUUUGCAUUAGCCUUUCCUGUCCUUAACUUCCAUUUGUAUACAGAAGCACGAGGACUGCUGGAGAGAGUUCCCAAGUUGGGGAGGGGGUUCAAACAGUGCACAUGAAGACUGAACACUUCAAUGGGCCAUGUAGUGAAGAUGGAGAAACUUUUUUUUGUCUACAGCCCUGGUACAGGCACCAACCCCCAGCCAAACAAACACAAAUCUUGUUACAAUUGCUCAUUAGCGUGACUUGUGAGAAAAAUGUCAAGAGAUACUAAGAAUCCAUUUUAUUGUCUAUCCAGGAUUGAAAAUUUCUCAGUGGUGAUCCACAGCUCUCCAGUGAAAAUUUAGACAACCCAGUAAGUAGUAGCAGUCAACCUAUGUGCAACAAGCUGUCCUCUCCAAUGCACAAAUAAUGUUUACUUAGCAUGUGCUACUGUGUAGUAACAAGUUAAAACUUCAGAUUUUUUUGUCUGUCUCAUCAUAAAUAUGUGAAAAAUGCAAUGCAUAUUAUGUGUGCACUUAAUGCAUGCCAGCAGCUUCUCCUAGUUUUGAUACUGAUGUCUGGACAACCUGAUAACUAGUCUAUGGAAAACACCAAGAUGAUUAACUUUACUGAAUACAUCUGGGAAGUAUGAGAUGCACCCUAGAUCCUUGAAUUUGUAAUAUGCUGUUGUACAAAAAUUGAGAGUUACUUUACCUUGAAGAGACUGAAUACUGGUAAAGACACUGGGAUAAGUCAAAGAGGACCCUCCAAAGCUAUCAGUAUUCAAGCAAUUAUUGCCUCAUUACUUUAAGUUAGAGGCAACAAACUAUUUGAGUGUUAAUUUUUUCCCCCUAGGCCUUUCCUAGCCUUUAUGGUAGGAAGGGAACCACUGGAGACUUGGAGAUUCUGAUAGCUGCAGAAAUAGCCCACAAAGAAUGGAGCCAUCCCUGCUUCUCUGAAUAUAUCGACUUGUAAUAAAUAACUUGUUCCAAUACAAACAGAGAAGUUGACACUUCAUGCAAGCUUUUGGGAAAAAAACUGCCCUGAGACAUUUGCAACUGCAUACACUUCUCACUAGGGUAUUGAAAGUAUUAAAAGAGGUGUUCUGCUGUACACAGGCUUUGACUACAAUAUGAAGUGGGUGGUGUCUAAGAGUCUUCAGAUAUAUUUGUGGCUUCUUGCUGGAUUUCUGUAGCUUUAUAACUGGUGUUCUGUGUUAACUGGUGUAUUUUCAAUCCUGAAUAUGUUUUUUCUAUUUUUAAACAUUGCCCAAUCCAAGAAACUCCAGAGAAGAUAACUUCCUUUCAGUGAGGCCACAGAAAGAUUUUGAAAUGCUGAUCUCUGUCAUAGGUGUUAAUAUUGGAGUUAAUAUACAGAUAUGAUCUUAAAACUGCUCCAGAAGGCAAGCUGUCCUAUCAUUAGAUUAUGAUUUUUGGUGUUUCCUUGAGCUCUUAUAGAUGAGAAGGAGGAAAAAGAAGAGUGAUUUGAGAAAUUCAAGCCUGCUGUUCCACCAGUGAUGGACAUGAUUGGCAAGAUGGGGAAUUUGGUCUGAAAAGAUGACUAGCACUCUGCUCUGAGUCAAUUAGAAGAUCUUUUGGAAAGAGGAAAACCUAUAGUAAAUAACAGUCUGUUUUCCAAAUGAAUUAAUAUUGUCAAAUCUAUUAUUGGAUAACAGAUGCCAGGGAAAAUUAUUAAAUCUGGUCUAAGACAGUUGUUUCCAAAACAGAAAGAUACUAGAAAACUGUGAUUAAAUCUGAGACUCCAACUCUUUAAAUGAAAGGCUUCGGCUGCAUUUAACCCUUCUUUUACCUAUACAUGACUUGCAUUUUUGUGCAACAGCAGCACACUGUUUGCCUUGUAAUGGAGCAUGUUCAACUCAGCCAGUCCGUCUGAGUCGAUUUCCAUCAAUACUGCAUCCUCUACAAGCAGUAUGGGAAGAUACUGGAAUGUGCUGAUGCAUGCUUGGCUAUGAAGCAAUUCUGCCUGGGAGCAGGUUAUUUCCUAAUUGUUCACCACUUGUUUUCUUGAGUCACAUCUAUUCUGUGUCAUGCAACCAAGAGCACAUGUCAUUCAGAGACAGGAUGAGCCAUGUGGGUUCAUAGUGGAGCACAAAACAACUUCUACCUUCUGAGGGAGAGAAGAACCGCGGAUAGAAACAAAUUUUAACUGGCUUGUUUUGAAAUAUCUGUUGUUCCUCAAACAGGCCACUUCAACUGAAGUCAAAGCUUCAUCUUGUAAGGCCCUACUCAAGGCUGAAAAGUUUACUGACUAGACUUUGGGUAAUCCACAAGCUAGUAUUAACUAGCAGCUGCCUUUGAUGAAUGCUGUAAAAAUUAAAAAUGUACACUGGCUUCCUUCCCAGCUCCUGGUGACGAAAUACGGGUGCUGUGCUGAAACUGCUGCUUUAUUUCACCGUUUGUCCCCAAACUCAGUGAUGUGGAUAUACAAAUGCUAAAGCUGAAAUAAAUAGAGGACUCUGAAGUCAGGCUUGAAGAGAUGGCACCGUUUGUUAGGACAAAAGUGCAAUCACUUUAGCUGUGGAGCCAUUACCCUGAUGCGUAUGGAUCCUCAAUGCAGAGUUAAAAGAUCCUAAUGUUGAUCACCUUGAAUAAUUGGAUUCUACUGGAUCUACUGGAUCACGGAGAUCGUGGGUGAUGCUGUACAUAUCAUUGGAGAUGAGCUUCUCACAAGUGACCUCGAUCCAUGUGUUCAUUCACUGAUGUCUGGCUUGUUACUUCGUGAUCUUAGUCAGCAAAGUGCCCGAGGCUUGCAGCAGUGACCAAAGUCAGAAGGAGCUGACUUCUGAACGUACCAGGCAGGAUGAAAGACCGGCUAAAUGAGCUGCGUGAAUUUGCCAGGUUACACAACCAACAGUUUUCUGAUAGUGAGGAGGAUGAAAAUUCACCCCAUGAUGUUCUCCUUUAUGAGACUGAUUAUGCCUUGGAAAUUCUUCAUAAAGACAUACAGAACAUUCGGACAGAAAAUGACCACCUAAAAGAGGAUGUCAAGCGGCUCAGAAAGCAAAACAGCCGCUUCCUUACUUCCAUGCGCCGUCUUAGUAGCAUCAAACGAGAUACUAACUGUAUUGCCAGAGACAUCAAGGCCCGCGGAGAAAGCAUCCACAGGAAACUCCAGAUAAUGAGAGAUUUCAGCGAAGAUGCAAUAACAAAAUACGGGGCUAUGUCUGUCAUUGCCAGGGUGGCGAAGAACCACUACGUUGACCUCAUGCAUGCAUUUCAGGAAGCUAUGUUUGAAUACAAUGCAACAGAGAUGAACCAACGGGAGAACUGCAAGAUUCGAAUUCAGCGGCAGCUAGAGAUCAUGGGCAAAGAUGUUUCUGGCAACCAGAUUGAGGAGAUGAUUGAGCAAGGCAAGUGGGAUGUCUUCUCUGAGAAUCUCUUGUCGGAUGUUAAGGGGGCUCGCUCAGCCUUGAAUGAGAUAGAGACACGUCAUAAGGAGCUGGUGAAGUUAGAAGGACGCAUUAAGGAAGUUCACGAGCUCUUUCUGCAGGUGGCCCUGCUAGUGGAGGAACAGGCAGACACCUUCAAUGUCAUUGAGAUAAAUAUGCAAAAUGUUGAGGACUAUGUAGGAGAAGCUAAAGAGCAAGUGAAAAAAGCUUUGGAAUACAGAAGAAAACACCCCUUCAGAACAAUCCUCUGCUGCUGCUUAUCCUGUUGCAGAAGGUGACUAUCCCACUGACGCUAUCACCGACCGACUCAAAUGUCUUCAAAAUCAGGCAUUCUUUCCAGUGACUUCUCUGUAAUGACAACCCCUAUAAACUGGGGGGGGAGCUAUUUUGCAGUUGGUUUUGUUCAUUGCCUUUUUUCCUAGAUGUGCUGAAGGCUGUUCUAUUUGAGAGCUCCUAGAAAUGUUGAUAAACUAUUUUUAAUCUAUUUUUAAUUGAAAUGUACUCUGCUGCUGUAAGUAAAGGUGCAAGAAGGUCUCUGCAGUGAUACUUUUUUCAAAUAGGCAAGAGGAAUGAAUGAUGGGCUGAUAACUCAGCCUAGGGAUGAUGAGAAAUUUCAAGAAAUAACUUUAUUCUUCUCAAAGUGAGUCUGCAGGCGAUGCAGCCUUACCACCUGGGGUGACACAAUACACCACAGAAUCAGGAGGUUUCAAUUUUAACUAGAUUGGAGCCUGCUUGAUGCAAAUACUUGAACAGAUUUUUUCUCCGUUCAUUUGACAAAAUAUUGAGCCUGUUAGCAGGAGCAGGACACAGGAACUAGUUUCUAUUUCAACUUGAUUUCCACCUGUCAUGAAUCUUAACAGAAGUAAGUGCACCUUAAAUGAUAGUAUGCGUGUUUUGCUCCAUUCACAAAUGGAGCAAGUGAUUGCUUUUCUCCAUUUUGAGUACCCGCAACUUUGUCAAGGUGGCUAGAAGUACUGCAACACUGAGGCAUCUCACUGGCUUUUGACUUCAGCCACUGUCUGUACUCUCAGUUUCAAAACUGCCAUGCUUUUAUGCUUCUAAUACAUUUUUCUGCCAAUUAAUACUUCAGCCAGAAGAGAUGCAUGCAGUGGCCUUCUGCAGAAGCACCCAUAAGAAGACAACAGCUGGGGAGUCGAGAAAGCAUUUUAGGGUCUCCUGUGCUGGCACAUAAACACAAACAGUUUCAGCGGAAGGAUUAUCCUGUCAAUAGACUUUUAUUUUUUUAUAAGCAUUGAUUGAAUAUGGAUUUUUUAAUAUCUAUUUUAAAUAACAUGAAGGAUUAAAUUUAUUAACAUGCAAUUUUACCGGUGUACAAAAACUAUGACUUUUCUCCCAUUAUUAGGAAAUCUCCACCUGGGAAAGAAAAUAGACAUAUUUCUUCAGUACACCUGAAGAAGAAAGAAAACAACAUUUUAAUGUCAUUUCAGUGCUCUUUUCAAGCUUAAAACUAAUCUCUCCUUUUGUGUAAGGGGAGUCUGCCAACAGUAGGUUUGGAAUAUGAGGAGGGAAUAGAAAAUUUGCAGCCCUGGAAACCACUGAGCAUUGUCAGUGAAGCAUGUAUUCAUAAGGUCUGGGGAAUGAUUACAGCUCCUGCUUCUGGAGGUUUUCCAACUACAAUAUUUCUAGGUGGCUUCCUGAUACACUGUGAUCUAUUGCUAUCCUUUGAAUUAAUGCAGGACAUUUUUUCAGAAGUUAGUGACUUUUUUAAAAAACUCUGAUCCUAUUUGUAACUAUUUUAAUAAAUAUAUUGAAACAUUUCAAGUGUUUUGCUUUUGGGAUUUUUUCUCGGGAGAUGCGCAUAGCCAUCUUCCUGCACCAAUCGCAAUGAAACAAUUCCCUUCUGAUCUUUUCCACACUAAUCUUAUAUGUGAAAAAACACCCAUACAUUUCUUACUAUUUAUAUUGAUACAACAAAGCAGCAAAAUAAAUUCAACUUCCAAGUGUUCAUAUCCUAGUGGGAAAUGCUUCUUAGCCGGACAGGCUUUUUUUACACAAAUAGAAGCUAAAUGGAUAACUCUUCCCAAAAACUGAAAGUCUCUUUUGCGGAAGUGCAUGUCUGUGAUAACACAGAAGAGUGAGGAACACUGAUCUUCUAAACUAGAAGAUACUUUGAUAUUCAGUGAUGUCCUGAUGAAAUCAGAAUUACACUUGCCUGAGGACCUCUCCAACAACCCAAUGCUCAAACUUGAAGUGGGAGAAAGGAGGGUGUUGAGCUGGCACCAUUACCAGUAGCUUUGGUGCUACUCAAGAAAAGUUGCUUACUCCGUAGGUACUGCCAUUCAAGGCAAUGGAAAUGUGCAUUUGUAGAGAAAUACCCUAAACCUCUGAGUGUCAGCAUGUGGGCAUAAAUCAGUGAAGAACAGAAUAUGCAUUUAAUUUCAUCUGCAUAUUCUUAGCACUCACUAGUGCUUUUGAUAAAAAUGUGUACAUGUUUUUUUUGUUGGUUUCUUUUUUGCACAUAUGUAUGUCUACAAAUGGAAUAAAAGAUUUAAUAAGAAAAACUGAAAGUGCAGAGCGUUGUACAUUGAAUCAGCAGCUCUGAAUAGUUUCUUGCAUUGUCAAAGUUUAGUUUAAAAGCUGCUGGACUAAACUGAGUUGGUGAAAGGAGAUUAAACAAUGCCUAAAAAAAAAAGUCCUCCUAAUAUCUGUUGCCACAAUAAAUCAAGUGUGUUGCAUAUUGAGAUAGACUUCCCAUAAUUUUUCCUACAAAAACCAUGAAAAAUGAAUUUCAUGCAUUCUAAGAUGAUUCUCUACUGCAAGAAAAAAUACAAAUUUACUCUGGCAGUUCUGAGAGAUCUUGAUGAUUUCGUUAGUAGAAACUCAAAGCUUAUAUUCAAAUCUUUAGCCUGAUUUGAGGCACAGGGAAGGAGAGCGAAAGCAUGAAGAAAAAGGUAAUUGGAGACCUUGUCUCUUGACUUAAGGCUGUUGCUGCAGGGAAGAAACUGAGAAUCAUUGAAACACCAGCUUGGGACCCUUUAAAACUAUUUUAAAGUUGCAUUGUGAAUUAGAGGCACUUAAAAAAUUACUUCCAGUAACUGAAGAAGUCAUUCACUUCCUUGCAAGCAUGUGUUCAUUGCUUAAUACCAUGGGGCUUUUCUAUCCUUCAGUUGUGUAAGAACUCAAAUUUUGCCAGCUCAUGAACUUGCCUAGUCACAGUUAAAGACUUUUGAAAAAAACCUGAUCACACUACGGAUGCAAAGACACUCAUGGCACACCGGAUGAGUGGAAGAAGAUGAUAAAAGUAGCUUGAUAAUAUGUUAGCAUUAGUAAUAACAGAAGCCGCAGAAUGGACAUCUUCAUGCUUGCUGAGGAAAGCUGCCUUUUCAUUCUGAAAGUCAACAGGACUCCUGUGGAGAUGUACAUAGCAUAUUCUAUGUUUUUUUUUUCCUUUUCCUGAUGUGGCAAACCCUAUAGCUGGGCUUGAGGGCAAAGUAGUUAAAACGUGUGAGGGGCUGCUUUAGCUUUUAGGGUUGCUGGUACUUUGGUUUUGUUUCCUACUGAAAGCAGCAGAAGCUUCACAAAAAAACCCCUAUGAAUCUCAGAAAGGAAAACUGGCAACCAGGCACACCUUGCUCCUUCUUAAAAUGUAAAAAAAACAUUGCAUAAAUAAAGGAAAAAAAAAAUCCCCUAUUACACAAUAUAAUGUUUGGUAUAGAACCCUGAACAUCCUGCAUAUGUGUAUGAGUCUCCAUUUCAUCUUUGGGGAUUUUUUUGUUUGUUUGGUUGGGUUUUUUAGCAUGGAUUUCUUUUUGAAGAAAUGGCAAUCGAGCCCUUGCUACCUCAAUGCGAAGGACUCAGACUAUGGACGCACUUGAGCAGGCAUCUCUCUGGCACAUGUCUUGGGAGAAAUUUCUAGAAAGUAUAGCUCUUAGUUUAAGACCCAGGUAUCUUUCUUUAAGAGGAGAAAGCCUGAGGCUGGACUGAGUAACUAAGCUAAACU